GUUACAACCUCUUCAAAAUGAAUUUGGAAAACACUAAACGGUCUGGUCAAGUAGUAUACACUCCAGAGUGUGAACAAAGAGAAUAAAGCAAUGGUGAACAAAAUUCUCACUUCUCAGCUGACUUUCUCCCGCCUCACAAAAUUACUGGUAUUUGGCAGUCGUGGCUCUCUCUCUCUCUCUCUCUCUCCAGAUCCUAGAGUUUAUCUAUUAAAUUCGGGAUAGCGAUGAUGAUAUCUUCACAGAACAUAGCGUUUACACCAAUCUCCCUUUCCAGGUUACCAUCUCACCGAUUGAUCCCAUCUAAACCUCCGUCCCUUCCUUUCCACCCCAUCUCCGCCGUCCAUUCCCCAAAAUCAGCGAUGCGAAUUGGGUCUCCUCUCACCGCAAGAGCUGCCGCUUCCACUGCUGGGUUGAGCGACAACAUCAGUGAUGCACUCGGUGAAGUUGACAUCUUUUCUGCGGCGGGUGCACCAGUAAUGUUCAAAGACCUGUGGGACCAAAACGAGGGAAUGGCUGUGGUUGCACUUUUGAGGCACUUUGGAUGCGUUUGCUGCUGGGAGCUUGCUUCAGCUCUCAAAGAAUCAAAACCGAAAUUCGACGCAGCUGGUGUGAAGCUGAUUGCUGUUGGUGUUGGUACUCCUAACAAAGCUCGUAUUCUUGCUGAGAGGUUACCAUUUCCAUUGGAUUGCCUUUAUGCAGAUCCUGAGCGCAAGGCAUAUGAUGUCUUGGGCUUGUACUAUGGGAUUGGACGUACAUUUUUUAAUCCAGCCAGUGCUAAAGUUUUCUCGAGAUUUGAGGAUCUGCAGAAAUCUUUGAAGAACUAUACACUGAAAGCAACCCCAGAUGACAAGAGUAGUGUCUUGCAACAGGGAGGCAUGUUUGUGUUUAAAGGGAAGCAGCUGUUGUAUGCAAGGAAAGAUGAGGGAACAGGCGAUCAUGCCCCUUUAGAUGAUAUCUUCAAUAUAUGUUGCAAAGUUCCAGUUGCCUGAACCUGCUACUGCUAUGUCAUUUGGAUGUUUACAUAGGCUGCUCUAGAUCGUAGUAAAAAAAAAAAGCAGCUAGACGAUCAACGGACUCUGCUUUGGUGCACUUGUGGGCAUAUAUUCUUGUAAUAUAACAUACUCUUAUAUUAAAAGCGUAUAGAUUUAUGGUAUUGUGGAAACCUUUUCAUGUAACAUAUUCAUGAUUUCCAUGGAUCAAUUACUUUGAUUCGAGUAUAAA